ACCUGAAGAUAUGGGCUUUUAGCCCAGGAUAAAAAAGCCCAAUUCCAUCUUCUCCCGCUCGCGCCACUUAUUUUUUUGGCGGUUUUCCCUCGAUUCCCGAUGCUUACGUAGCUCUCCAUCUUUGGAAUUCCCAAAUGGUUGUUGCUCUGAAAUUAGGGUUCUUCUGUUCAAGUGCUGGGUGUUUUUGUGCAGUGAAUUCUAGGGUACCUAAAUUUAACAUACCCAUUUGUUUGAGCUUCAAAAUGUCAUCAAAACGACUGCGUUUCAGUUCACCAGCAUCAGCUACAGAGAAUUCGGACGAGGCAAGUAUUAUUAAAAGAGGGAUUCUUGAGGAUGAUCCUGCAAUUAUUGACAAAAUGACUCUUCAGGAGAUUAAAACAAAGUUAAGAAGUAUAGGUGUCCCCGCGAAAGGCGCGAAGCCUGAACUCGUCUCUGCGCUGAAGAGUUGCAUUAAAAGUCAAAUCGAUGGUGAAGGUUCGUCACCUCUGCUUUGUCAAACAAUCUCUGAACAGAAGCCGACUAACGUUCGAGAAAACUCAAAACGAAAGGCUAAAAGGUCGUCAGAAAGCGAUCAUGUUCAAAUAGAAAACGAUGUUUCGGACGUUUCUGUAGAUAAAACGACAAAGAGGCGAGUAAAACAAUCAUCGGUCAGCAGUGUUAACAUCAAAUCCGAGCAGGAGCUCGUCACCGAAUCAACUAAAACCGAAGGUGAAAAAUCCAUCCAAUCGAGAAAGAGAAUCUCUUCAAGAAUCAGCACCGCCAAAACCGACACACGUGUCAAUGCCGAUCUUCCUAUUGUCGAACCUUGGACAGUUCUUGCUCACAAGAAGCCGCAAAAAGGGUGGACCGCGUACAAUCCUAAAAGCAUGAGGCGACCUCCUAUUGCCGCCGAUACGCCACAUAUGAAGCUAAUGUCGUGGAAUGUCAACGGUUUACGAGCUUUGUUGAAGUUGGAGAGUUCCCCUGCUUUUUUUCAACUUGCGCAAAGAGAAUCUUUCGAUGUAUUAUGUUUGCAAGAGACGAAACUACAGGAGAAAGAUGUCGAUGUAAUCAGACGGUCUCUUCUAGAAGGUUACGACAAUAGCUAUUGGACGUGUAGUGUCUCGAAAUUGGGGUAUUCAGGAACAGCUAUCAUUUCCCGAAUAAAACCACUUUCUGUACGAUACGGUUUGGGCAUAUCAGAUCAUGACAGUGAAGGACGCCUUGUCACAGUGGAAUACGAUAACUUCUAUUUAUUGUGUGGCUACGUUCCUAAUUCUGGUGAUGGUCUCAGACGACUGUCGUACAGGAUAACUGAGUGGGAUCCUUCUCUCAGCAACUAUAUGAAAGAUCUGGAACGGUCGAAGCCUGUUAUUCUGACCGGUGACUUGAACUGCGCCCAUCAAGAAAUUGAUAUUUAUAACCCCGCAGGAAACAAAAGAAGUGCAGGUUUUACAGACGAAGAGAGAAAAUCAUUUGAAACGAACUUUCUUGAAAAAGGGUUUGUUGAUACUUUUCGUAAACAGCACCCUGACGUCGUUGGCUAUACAUAUUGGGGCUACAGGCACGGUGGACGCAAGACAAACAAAGGGUGGCGGCUCGAUUAUUUCCUUGCCUCGGAAUCAAUUGCAGACCAUGUACACGACUCGUACAUUCUCCCCGAUGUUGGUGGGAGUGAUCAUAGUCCAAUUGGCCUCAUUCUCAAGCUAUAGGCUCGUUUUCUCGCUCUUCUACGAUAUUAAAAAACACGAUCGAAUUAAACGCAACUUGAAUCGAAAUCAGAUAGCAUUUUGAGAUUAAACGCAAUUAUUAAGGAACACCAAUUCCAUCGGAAAUUCAGUAAUGUGUAAAUCUUCCACCGA